ACCUUUGUUUUCACUGACUUCGGUUGAAUGACAAGUUCUUACUCUCCUUCCCAGAUUCAGAUAUGUUUCGGAGCCUGCUUUUCACUGCCUUGUGUGGCUUUGCAGUGGCCGUCAUCAGUUCAGAGCUCGAUCGACACUGGGAGUUAUGGAAGAAGAUGCAUAAAAAAGUGUAUUCUCAUCAGCUUGAGGAGUUGGGUCGCAGGCGGAUAUGGGAAGAAAACUUGGAAAUGAUUAAUGUCCAUAACCUGGAAACAUCCCUGGGUUUACACACCUACGAAUUAGCAAUGAACCACUUGGGAGACCUGACCACUGAGGAGAUCGAAGGUACACUGACAGGCACCAUCGUGCCCCCUGACCUGGAGAGGGGUCCUUCCAACUUCAUCAGGGUCAAUACUUCCCUACCAGUAACCCUGGACUGGAGGGAUGAAGGCCUGGUAACCGAGGUCAAAAUGCAGGGUUCUUGUGGCUCUUGCUGGGCCUUCAGUGCAGUUGGAGCUCUGGAAGGCCAACUCAAGAAGUCUACAGGUACCCUGAUCUCCCUGAGUCCUCAAAAUCUGGUGGACUGCUCCAUGAAAUACGGCAACCACGGGUGCAAUGGUGGCUUCAUGACAAAUGCCUUCCAGUAUGUCAUUAAAAACCAAGGCAUUGAAUCUGAUACAGCCUACCCCUAUAUUGGCACACGUGGCCAGUGCAAGUAUAACCCACAAUAUCGGGCUGCUAACUGCUCCCGGUACACCAUAUUGCCACGAGGGGAUGAAUUUGCAUUAAAAGCAGCCUUGGCUAACACUGGCCCUAUCUCUGUUGCAAUUGAUGCCUCCCGGCCGAAGUUUGUCUUCUACCACCACGGUGUGUACAGGGACCACACAUGCACUCAUAAUGUAAACCACGGCGUGCUGGCUGUGGGUUACGGGAAUGAGAGGGGACACGAUUACUGGCUGGUCAAAAACAGUUGGGGUGUAAACUAUGGAGAUGAGGGCUACAUCAAGAUGGCUCGGAACAGGCACAACCAGUGUGGCAUCGCGCUCUACGCUUGUUUCCCAAUCAUAUGAUCGGCAGAUGACUUUUUUUUACUGUAGAUAUCAAAUUAUUUGAUCCAUUAGAACUUGUGCAUUUCUUUAUGUAACUUAAGAAUUUGAGAUUUCAUGAAUGUACCGAAUAAACAAUUUCUUUAUAAAAGUG